AUGGGGGGCCGGCGGCGCGCGGCGAGUACGGAUGGGUCGAAGAAGGGCGCGGGCGCGGGGCCGGGUGGCGCGGAGCCGCUGGCGACGCGGAGACCACUACCGGGAGGCGCGGAGCGCCGGGGCCGGCGGGACUCCUCCCCCGUGCGGUGUGCGCAGCUCGCCGGGAAGGGGCUGGGCCGCCGCGGCUCGCCCUGCUGCAGUGAGCCCUUUAAACAUGGCGCAGGCCGCGGGGGCCGGGAGAUGACCGCGAGCGGCGGCGCGGGACACGGCUCAGAUGCUGCCCUUCCUUCCUCGCUCCUAGGCAGGAAUAUGCCCAAGGCCAGGGCGGGCGGCGCGGAGAAGGCGAGCCCCGAGAACGCCGAGAGGAAGAGCCCCGGCCGCUCCCGGGCCGGUGGGGAGAAUGUGUUUACUGGUCAAUCCAAAAUCUACAGCUACCUGAAUCCCAACAAGUCUCCUGGUGCUCGCUCCCCACUUCAGGAAGAAAACUCUGUCAUGUAUCACGAAGUGAAAUGCCAGGGCAAAGCGCUAACUGAAACCAACAGGAAAGGAGAUGAAAAAAAGAAUGGUGGCAAUAUAAUUGAAGGUGCUACGAAACCAGAAGACCAGAAAGAUAAAGAAAGUGGGUGCAAUACUUCAGUGCUGUCUUCUGAUCCAAAAACCCAAGGAUCUGUAGAAGCUGAGAAGACGCUCCUGCCCUCCGACUGUGCUGGUGAAGCCAGUGUAAAGCCAGCUCAGAAGAAGGCAGUUAAAGCAAAGCAUGGACCCAGAAGGAAAACACAAGGAAGAGCACCGAAUCGAAAGGUGACAGAUUAUUACCCAGUGAGAAGAAGCUCCAGGAAGAGCAAAUCUGAACUGGAGACUGAGGAAAGGAGGAAAAUCGAUGCACUAAUUACAAGUGGGAAAGAAGAAGGAAUGAAGAUUGAUUACAUUGAUGGCAAAGGGAGAGGAGUAAUUGCUACUAAACAUUUUAAUCGUGGAGAAUUUGUAGUUGAAUAUCAUGGAGAUCUCAUAGAGAUCACUGAUGCUAAAAAGCGGGAGGCUGUGUAUGCUCAAGAUCCAUCCACAGGCUGCUAUAUGUACUAUUUUCAGUACCUCAGCAAAACAUACUGUGUUGAUGCUACAAAAGAAACUAAUCGUCUGGGAAGACUGAUUAAUCACAGCAAAUGUGGCAAUUGUCAAACAAAGCUUCAUGACAUUGAUGGUGUGCCUCAUCUCAUUUUGAUAGCUUCCAGAGACAUUAAAGCAGGUGAAGAACUGUUGUAUGACUAUGGAGACAGAAGCAAGGCUUCCAUUGAAGCUCAUCCAUGGCUCAAACACUAAUUCUUCAUCUUCUGGGUGUGGCUUUAGGUUGUUUUUUGGGGGAGGUGGUGGAGGCUGAGUGCUCUGCAAGGAGUCGGUGGAUUUUUUUUCUCCAUCCUCGCUUCCCUCAGCUUUCUUAGUGAACUGCUUAUGGUUCUGAGCUCUUUGAAAACUACAUUUUUACUUUGCAGUAUUUAAAUUCCUAUUACAGAUUUCCAAGCAGGCUCAAGUUUUCUCUUAGAUUGCCAAAACUUCUGUAUUGUAAAAGGAAGCCCUCCCUAGAAAUCAGAACCCUCCUGCGUAGUGACCACUGCCACCUGAGCAUGUGAAGACUUGCACAGAUUGGAACUCAGUCAUUUGGAUUGUGCUUCUGCAACUGCAGUGAAGUCUUAUACUCCAAUUUUUGGGGUGGUGAACUUGACAUUAGCUUUAUGACAGCAAAUGUGCUUUUUUUAUGCUGACUCCUAUGUCAAUGGCUUGACUACUUGUUAGACUUCUUGCAAAGAUUUUUUUUAAUGGAUGCUAUUGUUUCUAUCAUUCUCAAAUAACUUGUGGUAGGGUUCUUUUUUUUUCCCCACUGUGGUAUCUCAUUGGUGAUUAACUUCAAAUGCACUUGUGCUGAGGGAAAUGGAUGGUCAUACUGGCUUUUCUUUAGAGAAAUGACUCCAAGACAAUGAUGGAUUUUGAUAGGCUGGGUUGAUACUGAUUAAAAAUGUAGGA